UUAAUCAUUACAUGUGAUGAAGGGAACCUAUUAGCUUGUUACUAUACAUUACUGCCAAAUUUUAGCAAUAUCGGUAAAAUGUUGAAGUAUUAAUGAAACUGAAUUAAAAAAGAAACUUUAGGAUUUUAGUAAACAUUUUUAUAUAAACUUUUCUACUUAAAAUUAAAAUCUUUAUUUGAAAUCAAGAUCGCCAGAUUCAUGACAUAAUAAUCAUCCUAAAAGCUACUUGCUAUUUUUGUAAUAAUGAAAGUUUUAGAGUUAUACAGCGGAAUUGGUGGCAUGCACUUUGCUUUGAAUGAAAGUGGAGUACCUGGGAUAAUAAAAGCCGCGGUAGAAAUAAAUAACAUUGCAAAUGCGGUUUACAAACAUAAUUUUCCUGAUACUCUUGUGAUAAAUUCUAACAUUGAAAGCUUAACCGCAGAAAAAAUCAACAAACUUGAUGUGGAUACAAUAUUGAUGUCGCCUCCUUGUCAACCAUUUACAAGAAAUGGCUUAAAAAAUGACAUCAAAGAUCCAAGAACAGAUUCUUUUCAGCAUAUAUUAGAUUUAUUACCCGAUCUAAAUAUUAAAAUGAUCCUCAUGGAAAAUGUUAAAGGAUUUGAAGAAUCAAAAAUGAGGACACAUUUCAUUAAUAGUUUGGUCAAAUGUGAAUUCAUUUACCAGGAGUUUCUUAUAAACCCUACCCAAAUAGGUGUACCAAAUUCUCGUCCGAGAUAUUAUUGCUUAGCCAAAAAAACGCCUGAUAAAUUUAAUUUUGAAACAGGCCUUUUGCUACACAAUUUUCCAUUACCUUGCGAGGAAGUCCAAUGUUUUGAGGUAGCAAAUAUUCUAGAGGAAGUUGUCAAUGUUAACGAAUUUUCUGUACCUUUAACUCUUUUAAAGAAAAAUGUAAAAACUUUAGAUGUUUGCUAUAGAAGUUCAAGACAUACUUGUUGUUUUACCAAAUCAUAUGGCCGAUAUAUUAAAGGAUGUGGUAGUGUUCUUUCUGAGUGUGACGAGAGUGAGGCAAAAAAAAGUUUAGAAAUCCUACAGGAAUGCAGUCAAGAUUCUGACGUGUUUCUCCUCCUCUCUGAAAACUUAAACUUGAGAUUUUUUACCCCUAGAGAAAUUUGUAGGCUCAUGUGUUUUCCAGAAACAUUUAAUUUUCCCACUGACAUUAAUAUCAGACAACAGUAUAAAGUAUUAGGAAAUAGUAUAAACAUUAAAGUUGUUUCCAAGUUAAUAAAAGUUUUAUAUACUUUGUUUUUAACAUUUCAUUGUAUUAAAAUCAAUAACAGAAUAACCAACCAUAGUCCGUAAGUACUUUUAACAAAUAAUUAAUUGGAAUAGUAGGUAAAAACGAAUUUCGUUCCUAAGUACCAAUUGGAAUGUAUUUGUCGGAAAUAUUUCCGGGCCAGACUAAAUCUGGACCAUAGAAUCCUAAGUUUUUUUGGGAAGUGGACAAAUUGGAGUUGCAGGACCAUAUUUAAAAAGGGAAAAUAAUCAGUUUUUUUAAUUACGCC